AUGACCCUAAGCCUCUUUGACCAAUUUGCAAUCCCCACCUACCUAGGCAUCCCCCUAAUUAUUAUUGCCCUAACCUUCCCAUGAAUUCUCUACCCAACCCCCACUAAUCGAUGACUAAACAACCGACUACUUACACUUCAAGGAUGAUUUAUUAACCGAUUUACACAACAGUUACUACUACCAUUAAACUUAGGAGGGCACAAAUGAGCUCUCAUCUUAACCUCUCUAAUACUCUACCUUAUUACCCUAAACCUUCUGGGUCUUUUACCAUACACUUUUACUCCCACAACCCAACUGUCUCUCAACAUAGGAUUUGCCGUUCCCCUUUGACUAGCCACCGUUAUUAUUGGAAUACGUAAUCAACCGACCGCCGCUCUAGGACAUCUUCUGCCAGAAGGAACUCCAGCCCCCCUUAUUCCAGUUCUUAUUAUUAUCGAAACAAUUAGUCUAAUAAUUCGACCCCUAGCACUAGGGGUCCGACUAACAGCUAAUUUAACUGCUGGACAUCUCCUUAUUCAACUUCUCUCUACUGCCACCUUUGUUCUAUUACAACUAAUACCCACCGUAGCCACACUAACGGCAAUAGUAAUGCUCCUCCUUACACUUCUGGAAGUUGCCGUUGCCAUAAUCCAGGCAUACGUCUUUGUACUCCUCCUUAGCCUCUAUUUACAAGAAAACGUAUAA